CACAAACCAUCGCUUGAAGUUUAGCUGUGCUGUGGUGUGACAGUAAUGGGAAUAUGGUGGUGGAGGCUGAUACUGGUUUCUCUUGCUGGGAUUCUCUUCUCUCCUAAACAUGGUGCUUCACAGAGAGUUACAGGUAUGAAAUAUACGUUUAUGAAGAAUGCAAGCUCAGCUCCAAGCGUGUCAUACUACGAGUACGAGUACAUCGUAAUUGGUGGGGGGACGGCGGGGUGCCCUUUAGCAGCGACACUGUCCGAAAAACACAAGGUUUUGGUGCUUGAACGAGGUCCUUCACCUUAUGGCAACCCCAACAUCACCAAUUUGGAUGCUUUUGGCGCUGCACUCUCUGACACCUCCCCUAACUCUCCCUCUCAACGCUUCAUCUCCCAAGACGGAGUCAUCAACUCCAGAGCUCGCGUCUUAGGUGGCGGAAGCUGUUUGAACGCCGGCUUCUACACUCGCGCUAGCCCUUACUACGUAAGGGAAGCUGGUUGGGAUGGAAAGUUGGUGAAGAAGUCUUAUGAAUGGGUGGAGCGAGUGGUGGCAUUUGAGCCGAUUGUGCGGCAGUGGCAAUCAGCAGUGCGGGGUGGAUUGUUGGAAGUAGGAGUGCUUCCUUACAAUGGCUUCACUUUCGAUCAUAUUAGAGGCACUAAGGUUGGGGGCACCAUCUUCGACCAACACGGUCACAGGCACACCGCCGCGGAUCUUCUGGAAUAUGCUAACCCCACUCAACUUACUGUACUCUUGCAAGCCACCGUCUCUAAGAUCUUGUUUACAAACAAAGGUAGUAGAUCAAGGCCAGUGGCGAGUGGAGUGAUAUUCAUGGAUGCAUUGGGGAGAGAACACAGGGUAUACCUGAAGCAGGGUCCCAAGAGCGAGAUAAUUGUCUCAGCUGGUGCACUGGGAAGCCCACAGCUUCUAAUGUUGAGUGGAAUAGGAGCAGAACGUGAGCUUAGGAAACACAACAUUGAUGUGGUGUUGAAUCAGCCCUUGGUUGGACAGGGAAUGUCGGAUAACCCGAUGAACGCUAUCUUUGUCCCGUCCCCUGUCCCCGUUGAGGUAUCCCUCAUAGAGGUGGUCGGCAUCACCAACGUUGGCAGCUACAUUGAAGCCGCCAGUGGUCAAAUGUUCACCUCUCGUUCUCCUAGAGAUUACGGCAUGUUUUCUCCCAAGAUUGGUCAAUUUUCCAAGUUGCCUCCAAAGCAGAGGAGCCCAGAGGCGGUGGCAAAAGCAAUAGAGAAGAUGGGGAUGCUGGAGCCGGCAGCGUUCAGGGGCGGAUUCAUUCUUGAGAAGAUAAUGGGUCCAAUUUCAACGGGUGAGUUGCAGCUAGAAACAAGUGAUCCAAACGACAACCCAUCGGUGAGCUUCAACUACUUCAAAGACCCUCGAGACUUAAAGAGAUGCGUGCAGGGCAUCAGGACCAUCGAGAAAGUAAUAGAAUCGAAGGCAUUCUCUCGGUUCAGGUACCACAACAUGUCGGCGUCGGUGCUGCUCAACAUGACAGCGAAUUCCCCCGUGAAUUUGUUGCCAAAACACAGCAACACUGCAACGUCGCUGGAGCAGUUCUGCAGAGACACUGUGAUGACCAUAUGGCAUUACCACGGAGGGUGCCAAGUUGGGAGAGUCGUAGAUGCUCGUUAUAAGGUUAUUGGCGUCGACGCUCUCCGCGUUAUCGAUGGUUCUACCUUCAAUUGUUCUCCCGGAACUAAUCCCCAAGCCACUGUUAUGAUGCUUGGAAGGUAUAUGGGAGUCAAAAUUUUGAGAGAGAGACUUGCUGGCGCUGAAACCGAGUAAUAUCUAGUAUAAGGUUCAUCAAUGGCUGCUGUCGCAUUGCUCAAUCAAAACCAAAACAGUGGAAUAAAUAAUAUUCAUUUUAUCA